CCCAACAUCCGUAACAGCAACGGUGAACGCCACGGCAUCCUCACGCUCUAUUUCUGCUCCCUCUUGCUAUCUCCCAUUUAACCCUGCACAGAAAUGGAAAAGCAGAUCUCACCUUCUUCCUCGUCCUCACCCCCUUCAACUCUUCAGUACCGCCUUCAAUGUCUUCUCAACUCCCACCCCGAAUGUUGGGCCUACGCCAUAUUCUGGCGUGCUUCCCCCGAACACCACCUCCUUUCCUUCGGCGAUGGCCAUUUCCGCGGCACCAGCAGCCGCGGCGGAGACACCGACGACAUGGAGUGGUUCUAUGCUCUUUCUUUGACGCGAACGUUCGCCACCGACGAGACUGCAUCGCCUGCUCGCGCAUAUGCUUCCCCUGCUCCCGUCUGGCUCGCCGGCGCCAACGCCUUGUCCAACUGCGGCUGCGACCGCUCCCGCGAAGCUCAGAUCCACGGCAUCGAGACCCUCCUCUACUUGUCAACCCCGGACGGCGUUCUCGAACUAGGCUCCUCCGUUCUCGUCGCCCAGAACUGGUCCAUAGUUCAUCAAGCGAGAGCUUUUCUAUCUGGCACCGCCACUUUGCUUAAGAACGGACUCUGGCCAUCCGUUAAAUCGGAGCAUUCGGAUUCAGAGGAAGAGAUAUCACGCUGCCGCCGGGCAAAAAAGUAUGGAAGGAAAACUAGGAGUUCUGUGGCGCCUGAUAAUAACAAUCCAAUGAACCACGUGGAAGCAGAGCGACAGCGGCGGGAGAAACUCAACCACCGCUUCUAUGCUCUCCGCUCGGUGGUACCUAACGUAUCGAGGAUGGAUAAAGCGUCUCUCCUCGCCGAUGCUGUUUCGUAUAUAAAAGAGCUGCAGGGUAAGGUGGAGGAUCUGGAGAGAGAGGCGAAGAAGGUUAAAAAGGAAGUGUUUUUAGAGAAGGAGAGUUAUGUCGGUAGAGAAAUGCCAAGUAGUACUGUUACGACGAAAUCAAUAAGUUGUGGAGGGGUCGCCACCAUUGAAGUGGAGGUCAAGCUUCUUGGUGAUGAUGCUAUGAUUAGGGUGCAGUCGGAAAAUUUGAGCCACUCGCCGGCGAAGUUGAUGGCGGAGAUGCGGGAUCUUGGUUUGGUGGUUCAGCACGCAACUGUUGUGAGUUUUAAGGAACUGAUGCUUCAGGACGUAAUUGUUCGAGUUCCGGAGGCUUUGCAGGGCGGCGAUAGGCUGAGUCUCGCUCUCCACGAAAGGCUUGAGAAAAGUUCAUAAGCUACAUACAUUAUCUCCCUCUAUCGGUUAAUAAUUUCAUUCCGUCAAAAUUAAUAAUCUUUGCUAU